AUGGCUGCGAAGGGAGGUCCCCGCCGGCCUCCGUCCGAAAGGGAGGUAGCAGGGCCGGGGGCCGGGAUUUCCGACCGGCAGUGCCUCCCGCAGACGGAGUCGAAGGAGUCCGGGAGAGGGCAUGGUCACAUCCAGCGAGCGAGGAAUGGAGCCGAGCUGAGCAGCCUUCCUCAAAUCCCUACUCCUGCUUUGCCUCCACCCCCGUCGGAGACCGACUUCAUGCUUCAGGUGUUUCAACCCGGUCCCUCUCUGGCUCGUUGGAUGCCCUUCUUCAUUGGGCGGCCCACAGUGCCCGUGGUUGUGCCUGGUGCAGAUCCCUGUUCCUUGUCCUUCCCGAUACCGAACCCCGCCCUUUUGCAGCCCAUCCAGCCUUCUUCACCCCUUCCUGGCUCCCAUGGCAGAAGUAGCCCUGGCCUGGGUUCCCUUGUCAGCCCCCACAGUCUGCACUCCGUCCCAACUCCCCCAGGCUUGGGUGGUGUUAAGGCUUCUACGGAAACUCCCCGGCCCCAACCAGUAGACAACCUGGAGAAAACCGUGGAGAAGCUGUUGACUCAAUUCCCACAGUGCGGAAAGGCCCAGAUGACCAACAUUCCUCAGCAGAUCAAGACAGCACGUACCACCAUGGCAGGCCUGACCAUGGAGGAGCUUAUCCAGUUGGUUGUGCCGUGACUGGCAGAACAUGACCGGGUGGCAGCAAGUUCUCAGCUACUUGGUCAUAUCCAGUUCUUGUUCCCACCUCCACUGGCCCAAAUCAGUAUCCCAAUGUUCUUGCCUUCUGCCCAAGUUUCAUACCCUGGAAGGUCUUCACAUGCUCCAGCCACCUGUAGGCUGUGUCUAAUGUGCCAGAAACUCAUCCAGCCCAGUGAAUGGCAUCCAAUGGCAUGUCCCCAUGUAUUGUACAAGGAGUGUAUCAAAUUCUGGGCCCUGACCAACACAUAUGACACUUGUCUCUUUUGUCCAUCUUUUAACGAUGGACAUGACGGGAGGAAGAAGAGAAGAAACUGA